AUGGGAAAACUUGUAGUUAAUGAGGUAGUUGAUGGUGAACUAGAAAAAAGAGGUCCAGUGGAGUCUGAAAAGCUGGAUAAUAGUGAUGAUGCUCCGAAUAAAGGGAAAGAGAAGGAGAAAGAGAAACUGGGUUUGGAAAAUCCUACCCCGACAAACAUGUGGUUAGUGAUGGCAGAUAGGUGUAUGAAGCGGUCUGUGGGCAUAUUACAUGAUGUUUUGGUUAAGGAUGCCGAUUUUAUUCUGCCUGCUAAUUUUGUAGUCCUAGAUUGUUAUAAAAUGGCACCCAAAGGAAAGAGCUCAAAAUCCAAAAAGAAAGUGACCAAGGGAAGUGUAUCUUGGAGACUCUUCAAUGAAGAGUCUGAUUAUGAAAAGGAAGAGCCUCUGCUAAGGAAGCAAAAAACGAAUCAAAGCCCUAAAAAGCCUUCACUACCUCUUCUAGUUGAAGUGGAAGGGAGUGAAGAGAAGCAUGAUUUAGAUCAUCCUGAGUCUGAGGACAAUGAUUUUGGGCAACCUGAAUCCAAGGGACCAUCAAUUGAGUCCCCUUCUGCUGAGCCACAAGAUGAGGAAGAAUCUCUGAUUUAUGGAAUGGUGGUCAAAUGCAAGAAUCUUAAAGGAGCCAAUGUUCCUAAGAUUGUCAGGUUAGAAGAAGAACUCCUUUCCAAGAAGACUAACAAUCCGAUUCAAAAUAAGCAAAAUCAUUCGAGGCUAAUGCUUGAUAGGGGCACAAAGAUUCCUACUGAUCCACCGGUAACAGGUACUAGUUCAGUUCCUUAUGCAGAGAUGCCAGAUUCUAAAGCUGUACCUCCAACAUCCGUAACAAUGGAAAAAUUAUCAAUGCCCAGAACCGAGAUAAAUCCUACAGGAUCAGUGCCUACAACAGAAUUUGCCUUCAGGUCUAUAAAUUUAAGGAGAGUAGCAAAGUAG